AUGGACGAGGAGCGAUAUGUUAGUAUGCUGGCCCCGCGGAAGCCUGAAGUUGUCAGUGCCGCUUCAGCUCUCGUCGUCGAAUGGAUGCGGCAAAACCCGCUGCCGCCGAUUAAUUACCAGAACCUCUACCGUACGUCGUCGUCAGACCUCCCCAAGGCUCGCAAGCCAGGCAGUGAGUGGUCAGAAUAG